AUGGACAAGCACAGUCAAAACCAUAUUCUUACUGUAGCAAAAAAUCUUAAAGAAUUCUUCAACAAUAAAGAAUUUCUUAAUGCAUGUAUUGUGGUCUCUGGCCGAAAAAUAUGGUGCAAUCGUUUACUUCUCGCAUCUUCGAGUGAUUAUUUUAAGGCUCUUUUUAAGUUUGACAGUCCAUCUCUUACUCGGGAAACCUUUGUAUUAGAUGCCGACUGCCUUACUCCAAAGGGUGUGAAUCAUGUCAUCAAUUAUAUAAAUUCACUUGGAAUGACACCUGAUACCAUCCCAAAAGAAGAUUAUGGGGAUGUUUAUGCUGCCACCAGUUUCUUGCAGGUGAUUGAGCUGCAUGAGAUAAUUAGUGAAAAAAUGGCCACUACCCUCACUGUUGACAAUGCACUUUAUCGUCGUCUAACCCGGAAAGCCACUGCCAUACUUCAGAAUAAAUUCCAAUCUAUUGACUAUUGGUCGCAAGAGUUUCUCACAUUGCCUCCGAGCUUGAUCGAACUUAUUUAUCUUGGUGAUGAAACUAACGCUCCGAAUGAGUCUUUUAUGGUCAGAUCUAUUCUCGCUUGGAUAACCUACGAUCUUGAACAUCGCCUUGAAUUCUUUAAGCAGAAUUUUACUUCAUUAUUAAGGUUACGAUUAGUGAGCGCCUCAGAAUUGCGCAGCAUUGUGAUUGAUCCGCACUUUUCCAAUGCUUUCGAAGCCGUUCGACUAUUGGUUCAUUGGUACAAUUUAUCCCAUCCAGUUCCCCUGUUCGCAUGCUCUGCAGAGUUUUCUCUCAGAAGCAAUGUUCCACUUGAAGGCUGGAUGCAGACAAUGGAUCUUGAUUCAAAAUUUACUGCAUUGAACGCAGGCAAUCAUUUGAGCAGUAUUGAUUCAGCCCGAGCUGGCACUGAUUUUCGCAUUUAUUCUGUAUGCGGUGUUAAUAUCACGCAUGGGGUAGGUAUUUUCAUUAUCUGA